AGAUUCUUAAUGGUGACAGAAACGUGUGAUUUCAUUUAUCCUAAUACCCACUCACACACACACACACACACACAGGAGUCGGAGUAUCAUGAGGGAACGAUAGCUUAGUGAGAAGUUGAAGUUCAAGAGCUGAGAGUGAGCCACAGUGCGCUCGCGUGAAAAUCUGUCAUACGACAGUGACGACGACGGUGACGGUGGUUUCAAUCUGAAAGGAAAUAGGAAAAAAAGGAAGCGUGAGAGAAUGUGAUUUUUUUAUGCGCGGUGAAGGAGAGCAAAAUCAUACGCAGAGAGCGGAUGUGACAAGCCUAGUCGAGUGCCAAAACACGAUGAUAUUUUGCAGAAGUUAUACAUCGUCGCGAAGUGCGUGCUUUCUUGACAUGAUUUUCAUGUAUUAAAAAGUGCUGUGAAAGUUCUAUUUAGUGGAAUCGAUAGAAUGAAAUCAGUGUUCAGUUAACAGGAAAGAAGUGCAGAUAUAGAGAUCACUGAUAGAAUACUAAUUAGAUUAUUACAAGAUUUCGAGAGAAAAUCGAUGAAACACUAGGUCAAUGUGAGGCGAAUAUAAAACAAAUCAAAAGCAAUACAAGCAGUAUAAGAGCAUCAUUUAAGAUUGACAGUUACUGCAGUGCCAGAGAAUUGCGAUUCUAAAACAAGGCCAUAUCUAUCGAAGUAUCGUUGUUAUACAUCACGCAAGUGGUUCGAACGCCACUUGUAUAGACCGACACGAAACCGCACGGCACGGCGAUGGAGGCAAUAAUUAGUGCAAUAAAGGACGUCUUCCUCGGUAGUACCUGCGUUCAAAUAAUCAUCGUAUGCAUCCUCCUGAGCCUGGUGUGGCCCACCUUCAAAUACUACGCAAAGCUGACGGCCGUCUUGACGGUUUCAUUCCUAGUCCUGGUGGUACCGAUACCGCUGUUUUUAUUCAAACCCCGGUGGCCGUUGAAUGCUCUCAUUCCCGGGAUCGUUGCGUGUCAGUUCAUUCGGUGGAUCGGCGUGGAGUACGAAAUCCGGGGGUCGGAGCACAUCAAUGUCAAAAAUGGUGGGGUGGCCCUCCUCAACCAUCAGAGUGCCAUCGACAUCGUGCUGCUGUCCCGUUUGCUGCGCGAGUUCCGUAAUAUUGUGCCCGUGGUGAAGAAGGAACUCUUCUACGCUCUGCCAUUCGGAAUUGCCUCCUAUCUCGUGGGGGUCGUGUUUAUCGAUCGGAAAAACAUUUCCUCGGCAAAGGACGUGAUGGCGCGUGAGGCAGUCGCUAUCCAGCAAGAUAACCUCAAAUUGGCCAUAUUCCCUGAAGGCACGCGUCACGACAAGGAUACGCUGCUUCCCUUCAAGAAGGGCUCAUUUCAUGUGGCUAUCGAUUCGCAGUCGGUAAUUCAACAAAUCAUCGUGUCCAAGUAUGGAUUCCUCGAUCACAAAAAGAAACGCUUCGGCCGGGGACGGGUGAUAGUGAAGAUUCUGCCGGAGAUCUCGACCAAGGGAAUGACCAAAGACGACAUCAACCAACUGGUGGACAGUUGUCAAAAGACGAUGCAAGCCGAAUUCGACGCACUCAGUGCAGAAGCGAAACAGUACUGCCAUCUAUAAUAGGGGGGAGCAAACUAUUUUAUGAUUCGGUUGUGUAGGGUGUGGAACCGCGUAGGAAUUCUUUCAAUUCGAUUGUGCUGAGCAUGACAAGCAGAGGACUUGCAUUUAUCAGUACCUGAAAUCAAGUCGUGCGUGUAUUGGCGCACGUUGUAGUCAAUUUGUGAGGUUUGGGAGUGCAAAUGUUGCUUUAAGGAUGCUCAUUUCGGAACUACUGUUUCAAACUAGUUACAACCGUUGGAAUAAGAAACCGUCAAUCUAGUCUAAAUUUAAAACGUCAUUCAGACACUAGAAGUUUAGGGACAGGGGAUCAUGUUUAUUCUACAUUGUUGAUUGUUUAAUAAAUCUGAUUUUUUUU